AUGGUUGGCAGACUUGAAGGCAAGAAUGCCAUUAUCACUGGCGCAGCUGGCGGUAUUGGUCUCGAAACCACGAUUCUCAUGCUCCGCGAGGGCGCCUCGGUCUUGAUGACCGACAUCAGCGACGAGGGUCUCGCCAAAGCCCUUGCCAAGGUCAACGAUAUCGUCCCUGCCUCAUCCCGCUCCGGAAAGGUCGAAACAAAGGCCGUCGAUGUCUCCAACGAGUCCCAGGUCGAAGCUGCAGUCGCCCACCUCGACUCCUGGGGUGGCCUGGACGUCAUCUUCAAUAAUGCCGGUAUCAUGCACCCCAAGGAUGGAGAUUCGGAGGAAUGCCCCGAGGAUAUCUGGGACCGCACAAUGAAUAUUAAUGUGAAGGGUGUUUGGUUUGGAUCAAAGCAUGCGGUGCGUGCUUUCAGGAAGCAUGGCAAGAAGCGCGCUAGCGUCAUCAACACCGCUUCGAUGGUCGCCUUGGUGGGAGCUGCAACACCGCAGCUGGCAUACACUGCCAGUAAGGGUGCUGUGCUUGCCAUGACCAGAGAAUUGGCGAUUGUUCAUGCCCGCGAGGGAUUCAGAUUCAACUCACUUUGCCCUGCUCCUCUCAACACCCCUCUUUUGCAGGACUGGCUGGGUGAUGACAAGGAGAAGCGCUUCCGUCGUGAGGUUCACUUCCCAUCUGGUCGCUUUGGUGAGGCGGUUGAGCAGGCUCACGCCGUCAUUUUCCUGGCUAGCGAUGAGAGCAGCUUCGUCAAUGCCACCGACUUCGUCGUAGAUGGUGGCUUGACAAAGGCCUAUGUUACCCCCGAGGGACCAGCAACAGAAGCCCCCAAGAACCAGGCAGCAUAA